AUGGAGAACGUAUUGUUGUAUGAUGGUGGUGAGCUCGAUCAGAGAACGGUAUAUAUAGUAUAUCUGGGCGGACACAAAGGAAAUAAGACGUUGUACGAAAAAGAAGAGAUGCAUCUUUCGUAUCUUUCAUAUGUGAAAGAGGCGGCAACAAGUGAAGUUAAACAUUCUCUCAUAUACAGCUACAAGCAUAGCAUCAAUGGUUUUGCCGCAUCUCUCACUCGAGAUGAAGCUUCCAAACUUUCUGAAAUGGAAGAUGUGAUAUCUGUAGAUGAAAGUAACCCAGAUGAAUACUCUUUAGAUACUACAAGAUCAUGGGAAUUUUUGGGAUUAGGAGGACUAAAAGACGAGAUGACACAUACUUGGAAUCAAUUUAGUAUCGGAGAAGAAAUGCUCAGCAAAGCUGAAUAUGGAAAGAAUAUUAUUGUUGGAGUCAUGGAUACUGGUGAUAAUAUUGUUCUUAUGCUAUCAUUUCUUAUUUCUACUUUUACAUGUAUAUGGCCAGAAUCAACGGUAUUUAGAGACGAGGGGAUAGACCUUAUUAAUCCAGAAUUGUGGAGAGGAAUCUGUCAAACUGCAGAUGAUUUUGACGACUCACAUUGUAACAAGAAAGUCAUUGGAGCUCGGUAUUAUCCUAAGAACUAUGAGAAAAAAUUUGGUUCAAUAGAUGCCACAGAGAACACUAAAUCACCGCGUGAUAUAGAUGGCCAUGGAACUCUCACAGCCUCAAUCGUGACAGGCCAAAAAUUUUCAGGUGCAGAGGCCUUGGGAGGAUUUGGGAACGGCACUACUUCUGGUGGAGCUCCAAUGGCAUACCUUGCAAUAUACAAAGUGUGUUGGGUUCUACCUGAUAAACCAAAAGCUGCUGGUUCCUUGUGCUAUCCAGCUGAUAUUCUAGCAGCUGUAGAUCAAGCUAUUGCAGAUGGCGUCCACAUUUUAAGCAUUUCUACUGGGGCUCAAAAACCAAGUUCUUAUGAUGCUGACUCUAUAUCCAUUGCUGCAUUUCAUGCCAUGCAAAACAAUAUUGUGGUGGUAUCUUCUGCAGGGAACAAUGGCCCAAACUCGAAGACAGUGAAGAAUGCAGCACCUUGGAUUUUUACUGUGGGCGCUAGCAGCAUAGAUCGAAUGUUUCCAGGGCCUCUAAUGUUUGAUAAUGGAUCGCAAAUCAUGGGGCAAUCAGUGACACCUUAUGAGCUAGAGAAUAUGCACCCAUUAGUACGAGCGAUGGAUGUUGAAAAUUCUAAUGUUGUGGCUGAUGAAAAAGGACACUGCCUUGAUGGCUCUCUUUCACCCGAUAAACUUAAAGGAAAAAUAGUUUUAUGCAAAAGUGGAAAGGGACGAAGAACAGAAAAAGGUGUGGAGGUAGAAAAGGCCGGGGGUGCUGGUUUUAUUCUUCAAUAUAGCGAAGAAAUGGGCAAGGAAGAUUUUGUAGUGGACGCCCAUCUUCUUCCAGCGAUUGCAUUGAGCGCUUCUGAUGCGAUGUCUGUCUUGGAGUACAUGGACUCUGUUGAGUAUCCCAUGGCUACUAUUAAAAAAGCAAGCACGGUGAUACACAACCGGCCAGCACCGUCAGUGUGUAGUUUUUCAAGUAGAGGUCCAAAUAUCAUCGAUCCUUACAUUCUUAAGCCUGAUAUCAUAGCUCCAGGUCUGAAUAUAUUGGGAGCAUGGAGUGAAGCAUCAUCUCCUACCAAUGAAUUCGACGACGAUCGAAGGGUCAAGUUUAAUAUUCGUUCUGGGGCUUCUGUGGCUGUCCCUCACGUGGCUGCUGUAAGUACCCUUCUCAAAGCAAUACAUCCAACCUGGAGUAGUGCUGCUAUAAAAUCUGCUCUCAUGACAACAGCCUCGCAGAGAAAUAACAUGGGUUCCCUAAUAACCGAUUACAAUGGACAUCUUGCGAGUCCCUUUGCAUAUGGGUCUGGUCACCUCAGGCCAGAAAAAGCAGCAGAUCCGGGUUUAGUGUAUGAUAUUUCUUAUACAGAUUACCUUAUCUACCUGUGUAGUGGAGGACUGAAGAAUAUCAAUAAAAUAAAAAAAUUCGACGUGAAUUUUGAUUGUCCAGAUACACUAAUACCAUUAUACAAUCUCAACUAUCCGCAACUAGCACUUCCAGAUAUAAGUGAAACUAUAACAGUUGAGAGGACUGUCACCAAUGUUGGAAACCCUAAUAGCGUCUAUGUGUUCCAUGUUAGUGCGCCAACUGGGUUCAGGGUGACAGCCUCUACCGAAAUUUUGGAGUUCGAUCAUCUUAGACAAAAGAAAAGUUUCGUAAUUGAAGUGACUCCAAUUGACACUGCUGGGAGUCUUCUUAAGGGAGAUUAUUCAUACGGGUCGUACAGUUGGAUUGAUAGUUCUCAUGACUAUGAGGUGAGAAGUGUUAUCGCAGUGUCUUCAGCAUAA